AUGAAUAAUAAAAAGAGAAAUGGAUUUGUUUCACCUGCGAAAUCAUCAACAGUAACUAUAUCGUCAUCGACUUCCUCAGCUUCUUCACCUUCUAAAGUAGUAGUAGGUUCACCUAAGAAGUCUGCUACUUCACCUAAGAAGUCUACGAGUUCCUCUUUGCUAAAGAAGAAACAGUUCAACUAUGAUGAUGUUGCAGUUGAUAGUGGCUCUCUUACACCUUCGAAAUCAGGUUUCAGAACGCCAAUCAAGAUGUCAUUGUCGGAAGCAUUGGCAAGCUCUCCAACAAAGUGUAUCAUUCCUAAAGAUGAGAUUUUCAGUCAUUGUCCUACACUCUCUGAUAAAGACGAAGCCGGUGGUGAUAUAGAUAUUCAAAAACAAAAGGAAAUACUCUCGACUAUCUACUCAAAGAACGAACCUUUCUCACUUAAGGAAAUAAAGAUAAAGAGCCGCGACGACCCAUCUCUAGUUAAAUUAGUAGAGAGGAGAAUGAUCAUAGAGAUAAAGAUAAAUAAUCAAACAUCACUUUACUCAUCAAUACAAUGGUUCAAGAUAGCAUCACUACUAAUGAAUAUGCAUCAACAACAGGUGAAAGAAGAAUCUACUAUUACAACCUCAACAAAUACAACCACAAACCCCAAGAAACUACAAGUAGCAACAAAGCAAGAUACUCCCAUAAAGGUUGCAAAUCAUUUGGGUAACUUAUCUAGCAAGAGGAAAUCAAUAACAACAACAACACCUUUGAAGCUAAAGAGUGUCUGUGAAACAUCUGUAAAUACAAAUAAGAAACAAAAAAUUGGUCAUGGUGAAAUAUAUCCAUUGGAAUCAGCGGUAGAUGAAGAAGUAUCAAAGUUAGAAGAAGAGAGAAGGCGGUUAUUGGAAUCAAUUAGAAUAAAGAAAGAACAAUUGGCUAGCUUUACCUCUAAAUCUAAACCUUCACCCAUUGAAGAGAGCAAGAAACACGCUGUUGGAAGCAAUAAAGAUGGAAAUAUCGAUAAGCUCCUAUUAAAGUGGAAGGACGCCGCAAAGAUUGCCGUUCAGAAGCUACAGGAUUCUUAUUUGGCUGCUUUAAAGAAACAAGAAGAUGGACUGACCUCGCUCGACCCAAAGAUUGCUGCUGAAAGAAGAAAGCAAGCUGCAUUAAAACUGGCUGGCUUCAGAACGGCGGGCAACAACAACGACAGUUGGGAUGGCGAUAAUGGCUUUAAUCAAUCACACCAACAGACUGACGAAGAUCAAUAUGAUGACAACAAUACUUCACUCGACCAACAAGAUACAAUAUUAGAUGAUACAGAUGUUACUUCUAAACUGUAUAUCAUGAAACUUUUUAGUUUGGAUCACAAUGUUAUGAAUUAUGACAAAGAUAGUGACUCAUUUAAAUAA